AUGGUUCCCUCGGACUCGCAUGAUCUGAGCGGUAGGUUCUUAUGGUCUAGAUCUCUUUCUAUGUCAAUAAUUUUGGUUUGAUAAGGAUUUAUUUCUGAGAGUUAUUAGUGGCAAUAAAUAACAAAAUUUUCAGUGUUAGUUGUGUCUGAAUUACGUUAUUUCAUAUCCAACCAGUUUAUGGUGUAACCUGUUAGAUGAGCGUAAUAACUUGUAUUCGUGAACAUUAACUCACAAACUUUAUAACAGGAAAUGCAUUUUGCAGUAGUGCAACUCACUAAACCUAGUAGGUUUCUGUUUGAUGAAUUAUGUGAGUCUGUAACGACCUUUAAUCGAUGCUAAGUUGAUCUUAACAAAAUUCACUUUACUAGAGUCAAAAGAGAGUUAUAGUCUAGUAUGAGGAACCAAGGCUGGGACUGAGAGUUCAAAGUCAUAGUUAGGGGUUAGAGCUAGAGUUUUCAUCACAAAGCGACAUCGUUGUUAAUGCUGAAAUGCUAUUUGGCCAUAUGGAUGAGUGAAAUCCGCCCCAAGAUUUGCUCUCUUCAAUCUCAUUUGUUCAUUCAUACAUUUCAGUCUCGCCACAAAUUCGGAUAAUGGUUUCUGGCAGCUCAGCUAGCCUAGUCGAACUCACACCCAUUUUAGGUCAGGUGAGAUUUCUGUCUUUUAAUUAAAGGGCGAGUGUAAUGAUCAACCAACUGACUGACCAUCUUAGACCAUUCAGUUCUGUUCUGUGUAUCUGAUUUCGAAUUCAUUGAUUCCUGGAUAGAAGUCACUCCACAAAGUUUGGGUUACAACCAAAAUGGUUCUAGUUAUCCAGGUUCCCAGGAGCCUGGGGGUCUCCAUACCAUAGUUGAAGAAAGGUUACUAAGUCUCUUCCUCUCAGAAGCCCAAGAACAUUCAGACAGAGCAAGCGAUGGUUCUCUGCCUAGCCCAUUAUCACACGACGAACUUCACAGUGGUGAUACAUCUGAACAAUCUCACUCUACGUAUCAAAAUAUAAGUAUGGCCAAAUUCCCCACUGCGAGUUUUCCAACUGACUUUCCAGUUACAAGCUCUGGAGAAUGGGCUAGUCGACCUGAAAUUGGAGCGUACACUGCACUGGCAUGUCAGACAAAUGAUUCUAAAGAAAGCGUAUCCAGUCCUCCUAAUUGCUCAUCUCCAAUUAACGGCUCGUGGUAUCUACGCAACUCGGCUUUUAUGAAAUCGCGUUUCAUUGGUUGGUUGCUUGAUCAUAUUCCAAAUAUAUUAAGCCAUGCGACUACAUUCCUGUUGGGAGCAAUUACCAUGCUUUUAUUCAUCCGAAAACGUGCAAGGUUCACAAAAGUACUAAACAUACCUUUGGAUUAAAUCACACAGUGAAUAAUCACUUGAUUUGACUAAUCAAAAAAUAUUUUUUACAAUAAAAUUCAUUCAUCAGUUUGUACACUCACAUUAAGUACUAAAGGUGAAAUAGGUUUUCUGCUGGUUUCGUUUUGUUCUUUCCUUUAAUUACCUUUUGUUUAACGUUGUGGUUGAUUAUUAUUGGUGUUUUUGGCCUUUAAUCAUAUUAUAAAUAUAUUUCUUUCGUUAUUAACUCCAAACUUCAUCGCACAUAUAUUUGUAUACACAUUUGUGGUUUCUUUAUUUUGCAUACUAAAUAUUACCUUUAAUUAUCAGUAAUAUAUUAGAAGUUGAGUAUAAACUAAUUGUAUUCAUGAACGUAACUACUUUCACAUUCUUUGUUUUUUGUCAUUAUCAAUAUUUUAUAUUUUCAUUUAUUUAAAUGAACGUUUAAUUUUUCUAUUUGUGUCAGAGAAGUUUGAAUAUUUUUGCGCAAUAUUAUUAUUCUUAUUAUUGUUAAUUUUUUUCUAAUAUAUGCAAACAUACUUUCGUCAUAUUUUAUCAUCUUCACUUUUAUUUCUUAAUGUUCUUUUAAAAGAGAUAAUUAAUAAUGGGAUCAUUUGCUUAUUUGUUUAACUAUUCUAAAGAUUAAUUAAAUUAUCUCUUCGUCAAUAUUUGUUUCUAUGAUGAUUAUCUUUUUUUUUUACAGAAAAGAAUAUUUUUACUGUUCCUUUUUGUCUUUAUUUAAAAGUUCCUUCAUACUGGUGGUUUACUCAAUCUAUUCCUACUUUAUUAACUUUUAGGAGAGAUUACAUAACAAUGCUUCCUUUUUUCAUAAUGAUGAUUAUGUUUAAUUAGUGGGUUGGUAUAUGUAUGAUUUUUACUGCGUAUGGCCACCAUCUUGAUGGUAACUGUUCACCUAAGCUGGUAUAUCACGAAAUAUCAGUGACGACUGGAACUUGUACAAUUAAAUAUCUAUAUAUAGUUAUUUCUUGCACUGUUUCUGAAACAAACAUUCACCGUAUUGAUCGUUCUUUGUUUAAAACUGCGCCGACAUGCAGAUGUAAACAAUCCAGUUGAUAAUGCAUUGUUCUCAAAUCGCCUGGUGUACACUUUCCUUGUUGUUUUUCUAAUGAACAGUAAUUAAUAUUUGUGAUUUAUGUGUGGUGUGUACGGAAUUAAUGUGUUUCUUUUGUCGAUAUGUACUGUCUUAUAAAUAUUGGUUUGACUUGUAUAAAUUGCCAAACAGAAAACAUCUUUAAGUGUAACUCAGGUUCUUUAUCAUUUGAUGAACUAAUUGAUGUAUGCCUAUCUGAUGCUUCCUAGUAACUAAUAUUAAUCACGCUAGUAUAGUCUAAAGAUAAGUAACAAGUAAUUUGUCACCAAGUGGUUCAGGGAUGUUUUCGGAAAGUUCCAUUUUACUGUGCAAUCAAGUCCCUUUAAUCUUUUUUUGUUGAUCUCGUGCAAAAUAAAAAUGUUAUAAUCAUUAUUGCAUUUAAUGUUUAUUAUCCAUUCAUGACAACAUGAUGAUAUAUAGGCUUUAGUUAGAGCAGCGUAAAAAAUUCACCAAAGAAUGUUGUAUCAGUCUCAACACCUGGACUCCUUAUUCAUUCAUGCAUUUUAAUCUUCACAGAAGUCGAUUGUAAAAGUCAGUUAACUCAUAGCAUCUUCAUGCAAUCAUCAUAAAAGCUCGACUUAAAAUACAUUUCUCAUUGACUUCUUGAUAUCAACUAUAACAUUAUUCCUAAUGGUUAUCGCUAAACAUAUCUACUUGUUUAUCGUCAUUCAAUUGACCGUAACGAUACUUAUUUUGUAGUUUUGAUAAAUAUAGUUGAUAUUCCAAACUAUCGAGGUUAAAAGCUUGUGUUUACUACAUUAUACAGCAAUUCAUCAGUUACGUAGCAGAAUAUAAUUCCUCAAAUACUCAUCACAAGAUGGGUAUAUAAUUAAGUCGUGAAUAGUAUCUCUUAAGUGAUCUGAACCAAGUGUAACUUAUUCGCGUCAGUUGUUCUAAAUGUAUGUUCUUCACGCGAGUUGAGAUAUUUUUAAGUUCGUCAGUAAUCUCACUUCGGAUAGAGGAAUUCUCUGUUGUUGCUAAAAAUCGAUUUUAGUCCUUUAUUUGUGUCAAGCCCGCACUUUCUGUAGAUAGGAAGAUUAAAUUACAUUGUGAUUGCCUGUCUAUACAAAGGCAAAUAAGUCAAGGUAAGAAGGAUAAAACUUGCGUAUUUUAAUGAAUAGACAAACGGUAAAGAAGAAUGAGAAAUUAGGGCCAUGGUGAUGACUACAAUUGUAUGAACUCUCAUCACACACUUGUUUAGAUAUAGCUAGUGCUUUAUCAACGCAAAAAUAUAAGUAUGCACUUCAAUGGAUUAGGUUUGUUAUUGAUGACAGAAAUUUACACCUAAUUUUGGGUAAUUUUUGUUGGUCCAUAUAGGGGUAUGGGUGCUUAUAGACAAGUGAAUAAAUAUCCCUCGAAUAACUUAGCUCCAAAAAAAACGCACAUAUAUGAGUAUUGGAUUGAUCAAUGGAGGUCGUUUGUCCUUCGCUCGGGGAAUUUGCGAGCUACUACUGUAGGAUACUUGUAACAAGGUUGUAUAGGAUGUAAUUCCUAGUUUUCCAUUUUUGCUGGGACUUACUAAAAUAUCACACUAAGACGGUUGUUUUUCC